GACGGCGCCGUCCGCUGCCGUCAGCGAUUCCUGUGCCGGCGCAGCGACAUCGACCAGCACGGGGAGUUUUAGAAACUGCAUACACCCAAGUGGUUUAUCCUGCUCAAGGACCCAAAUUCUGCUUGGCUUCUUUCUUUGCGUUCCUUUGAUCGUGUGUAAGGCUAAUCGCGUUUCCCUAAUUUUGAGCCCCCGUGCUUCUAAAGCUGCCCAGUAAUGGCCACCACGACCGCGGGUGCUGCGGACUACGUCACCUUCGCCUCCCUGACGGCCCUGAGCCUGGGAACCGGCCUCUACCUCUCCCUGCGGAAGAAAGCUCGCUUCAUGAGCAAGGAGGAGGCGUUCCUCGGCAACCGUACCAUGCACGCGUUGCCCCUCGCCCUCUCCAUGGUGGCGUCCAGCGUCACGGCAGUGGGGCUCGUGGGUUUCGUCGCCUACUACUACGUCCACGGCUUCCACACGCUCUGGGCCGUAGCAGCCUUCGUGCCGGGAUCGCUCAUCGUGACCUACCUCUUCCUGCCAGUCCUGUACCAGCUCAAGGUUACGUCCAUCUUCGAGGUGAGGCGCCAACGGCGUGGCUUUUAA